AUGGAUGAACUGAGAAUGCGAAUAGACGAGCUGCUGAAGGAAGUGGCAAGGCUGGAAUGUGAGAUGACAGAGAAGAAUGAGAAUAUCAAGAAAAGUAGGGUCUUGAAUAUGGAUCUAAGAGAAGAGAUAUUGAGAAAAAGCAAGGAAGUAGAUGAUUUGAACGAAUUGGCAGCAGACAUGAAGAAACAGAUGGAAAGCAAUGGCAGAAGAUCCAUGAAGCUGGAACGAAUGAUUAGAGCGGAGUGCAGGCGUAAGGAGUUGGUUAAUGAAAAGAUACUUGGCAGUGCGAAGAGCAGGGGAGAAUACUAUAUCAGUCUUGAGAUGAAGAAGAUCAAUGAGAGGUAUGAGGUUAUGAGGAGGUUUGUUUUUGCGAUUUCUGAAAGAUUUGGAUUUGAUUUUGAGAUGUUUGGCGAGCUAGUAAAGAUUGCAGAAGAAAUAGAUGAUCCUGUUAUUGCUGCAUUUCUAGAAAGUAUUAUGCCAAAUGGAUAUGCAAGGCUGAAUGAAAAUACUAGAUGA